CACGUAAAACAUGUGAGUCACAUCGAUAGAACUCAUGGUGGUGGGACUUUCUGGUCCUGCUCAGGAUCGUUAUAGCAGUCCACUUCAAAAUGUCUGUUUUUCACGACGAAGUAGAGAUAGAAGAUUUUGAAUAUGACGAGGAAACGGAAACUUACUAUUAUCCAUGCCCUUGUGGAGAUAGAUUCGAAAUUACCAAGGAGGAUUUGGAGAAUGGUGAAGAAGUAGCUACAUGUCCGAGUUGUUCAUUGUUGGUUAAAGUCAUCUACGAUAAGGAGGCGUUCAUGUCCGGUGAAGUAAUUGAAGCGCCCGCAAGAGAAGACAAAUUGGAGGUGGCGAAGAGCUGAAUCAACGAAUUCCCCCCACCAUUUACCCCGACAGUACAGCAGUAAAGCUGUCUCACUGUGACAGAUCUGCGAAGCGUAAUCAGAUGCUACAACGCAAGUCUAACCUCGUCAGUUUUCCUGGAAGCCCAACACGCACACUCCCAUAUCAGUGGGACCCGACCGGUGGUUUUUAUUAGAUGUUUUCUAUUUUUAUUUAUUAAAUAUCGAUUUUACUCUUCUAUGCAAAUAUCAGUCCUGUUUGUUUUAUUGCUUGCGUUUCAAAAUGGGUUAGCGCCCUGUAAGUGUGCGGUGCAAAUGUGUCGGAUCACCAGCAGAGGGAGGCAGAGUUCUAUAAAUACAGUGGUUACGGUAGCAUUUUGCCCGGUCCACCGUGGUUUCAGGCAUAAUAGUAUGAUAGGACGGUCAGAUACCAAAACCUGGUUUUCUCUUGUGUAUAUUUAUGCCAGUGCAUGAGUUCCUAUGGCAGAUUGUUUCUGUGGGACUGAUUAUUUAUAAAUACUGUUAUUAGUAUUAGUUGUGCAUAAAUGAGCAUCCAACCCAAAAACAGAUCAUGGCCUUUUCCUCCCUGGGGGCAUAGCUCAGCGAUGGAGCAGAACUUAAUGGAAUUCCCGAGUAUUUUUUUACCGAAAAUGCUUAAGAAAAUCUCGCAGUACCUCAAGGCCUGCAGCCAUACCCUAUUUAUAGAGAGCUGUAUGUUCACUCGUGUGAUACUUCUCUUCUAUAUUUAAGCAGAAGAAAAUGACGUGCAGACAUUUGUAUGCCCUACGUGGUCAUUUGCAUCCCGUGAGAUGUAUGCCAGUUAUUUUUCCUACUGAUUUGCAAAGUUUCAGAAGAGUUUUUUUUUUUCUGUAACAUUUUCAGAGCUAUCAGUCACAUUCCAUUUAAUGAAGUGCCCUUUAAAGAGUGUGCCUAUCACAGGGAAUGUUCCAUAUGAGUAGGUCAUAUAAGCAGUUUGUGGGUCCUAUGGCAGUUUGGACUUCUCUGUGCUGAUUUAAGACUGUAAACACAAUAAAUUACAAACUACUUCUGUCUGUCA